AUGAAGCCUGCCUUGAAUUUGCUUAAGCGGUCUGCCUGGAAGGGUCCUCACGUGGUUCCGUUACCUAUAGCCCACGCCCGUAAGACCGGAUCUCCAAUAAGAACCAACGCCAGAGCAUGUACAAUUUUACCACAAUUUGUUGGCUUGAAGUUUCAAAUUCAUAACGGGAAGGAAUAUGUCGAAGUAGACAUUACCGAUGAAAUGGUGGGGUUCAAAUUGGGCGAAUUUGCCGCCACCAGAAAGAGAUUCACCUACAAGUUUUCCAAGAACUAG